AUGGCCGAACAGCAAGCCCAGCAAGCCCAGGGAGCCCUGGAGGCCCAGCAGCCCACCAACCCGCCUGCGCCCGCCCCCCAGCAGCCACGCCAGCAGCCCGCCAACGCGUGGACGCCCGAACGUAGGCUACGGCUGCUGGUAGAACAAAUAGCCAAGGAAGGCAGUGGGGUCGUUGCACAGCUGCGUGAGAUGAAGCCCAAGAGGGAUAUAGUGCUGCGCGAGGAGAAAUUCGAGCCCCAGCUAAAAAGGGCAACAAAUGUAGAAUCAGCACUUGCCCACAGCCGUGGCACCAAAGCCACUCCGCCAUGCGGCUCGUGCGAGAAGGGCCACGGUCCGUUUGUUGGCUUGCGGCCUGAGAAUCAGCAGUCCCCCGCCCCCGCCAAUACAGGGGAGAAUGAGAAGGAGAAGGGGAAGGGGAAGAAGCGGGCUGCCAGUGUGGAGCCGGGCCAGGCGGCUCGGCCGUACGGUCCGGCCAAAAAGAAACAGGUGACGUUUGUGGCUCUGGAGGAUGGAGAGGAGGAUGAUGAAGUGAGUGGCAGUGGGGCCACGGAGUUGGAGUUGUUGCGGCUGCGGGCGGAGGUGCACCGGCUCUGUAAGGUGGAGGAAGAGGUGAAACAUUUGCGUAGAGAGCGGGAUGAGGCCGUGGGCCUGUUGCAGAUGGCCCAGCUCAGCCAACAGAGCGCCUCCGCGGGCAUUACGGCCCUGAUUAAAAAAUUCGAAAAAUAG